AUGGUAUCAAGGCAUGAACUUCAACUAAAAAUUCAGGAUCUAGAGACGCAAAUCGUCAAAGAAUGAAUGAAGCAAGCCUAUUUCCGAACUGAAAACAACCACAACGUCAACCUCUUUAUCCAAGAGAUUUCAAAAAUUGAAGAACAAUUAACUGAGCAUGCAGAAACCCAAGAAACUCUUGUAAAAGAAGCUUUAAUCCUGACAGGAGAUGAAGGCCAAUCAACUCCUCGAUUUCUAUCCCCUCGUGGAGGUUUAGAAAAUAUAGAAGAUCUUGAUAUAGAAGAGAUGGAUGAGUCCUGAAGAAUUUGUUUUAAUUUGAUUUUUUCAAUGAAAAAUGCUCUAGAUUCAGUCUUUGAUAGGGAAAAUUUUAUGAUAGCACAAUAUAGAGGAUUUAUUGAGAAAAACCAAAAAUUUGAAUAUGGCAUGGGGAAAAGUAAAGAAAAUUCUAAAUAUGAAGAAGAAUGUGAAAAAGUUAAUAGACUGACAAGGAGAUUGAAAAUGAUGGAUCAGGAUUUCAAGAAACUUCAAGAAGAGCUUGAAGGGUUAAGAGGGGAAAGAAAAAAUUUACAGGAAAAAAUAACGACAAAAGUAAUAGAUGAAGGUUGCGAAAACUGCGAAAUUUUAAAUGAUAAGAUACAAAAGCAGUCUAGAAAAAUAAAGAUUUUAGGAGACGAAAGAGAAGCAAUCAUUUCAGAAAUUGCAGAAUUUAAAGAGCUUCAAGAGGAGCUAGAAAAAACAAAUGAAGAUCUGCUGAAAAGACUAGACGCAGAAGAAUCAAAAUCAUUCAAACUUGAAGAAGAACUCAGCGCCCGCUUAUAUGCCCUCGAUAAGGCUGAAACAAUUAUAAAAAAAUUAAAUGACGAAUGUGAAAGGCUCGCCAAAGAACUCGGAAAAGUUGAGCAAGAAACCACAAAUCUCAAAAAAGAAAGCAGAUAUGGAGAAAAAGAUUACAUUGACUGCAGAAAAAAAAUUAAUGAUUUUGAAAUAUCAAAAAAAACUGAAGAAAGGCUCAGAGAAGAAGUAAAUAGCUUAAAACUUAAGCUGACUCCCCCCCUCGAAGUUCGACCAAGAUAUAGGGAAAAUUCCUAUUUUUUUGGAAAUUAACCCCCCUCAAAGUUCGACCAAGACCCUAUAAAUUUACUAGGAAAAUAAGCAAUUUUUCAAAAAUUUUAAACUAUGUGGGGGUGAGCUUGCGAUUUUUGUAUUCAAGUUCUAAAAAAGUGUUACAAAACCAUCUUCACUAUUUUUUCUAACCCUUACACCCUCUCAACCAUACAGAAGAAUAUGAUAAAUAUUUUUUUUUAACUACUAAAUUAUAUAAAAAAAAUUCUAUAUAAUUUUUUUUAAAAAACAAUUUUUCUUAACCCCCCUCGAAGUUCGACCAAAAAAAUCUUGGUCGAAACUUCGAGGGGGGGGGGGAGUGAGUGAUUUAAAUGAUAGCAAAAAUUUACAGAUUAAUGACCUAAAUCAGUCUAUUCAGCAGCUUAUUACAGAGAAAACUAACUUGGAAGGUGCGCUAGAAGAAUUAGAAGAAAAAUUUAUUGAGAUAGAAAAAAUGAGCCAAGAAAGAAUGGGAAUGUUUUAUCAGUCUUGCAAUAAAGCACAAGAACUUGAAGAAGCUCUAGCCAGAAAAGAAAAUGAAAUAAAAUUAGUCGUAGAGGAAAAUAAAGCAAAGGAGACUGCAAGAGAUCAAGAAGUAGAACAUUGGAGAAGGCAGGCAGAAAAUGUCAUCAGACAUUUACAUAAUUUGCAGACUUCUGAAAUUGCUAAUAAGGUCACCAAUAACAGGCCACCACUCAGAGAAAUGCAGAUUAAAAAUUCAGUUAAAAAAACAACCCGAUGCAAAUCUCCAGUAAAAGACUCUCUUAAGGGUUCUGAAAAUUGCCAAAACCCUGAAACUACACUUUCAUCUUCCAAUGCAAAUCUAUUAUCGCAGCAGAUUGAAGAAGCCCAACUAAGAGAAGCCAGACUCCAAAAGCAAUUAAAUAAAAUUAUAGCUGACGAAGCCAAUAUUAUAGAGCGAGGAAUUGCUCUUUUAGGUGUAAACACAGGCACAUGUAGGUCAGAGCUAGAAAGAUGGAUUAUGAGAAAUGAAGAAAUGGAACAAAAACUCGUAGAAAUGGGCAACGCUAAUGUAUGUUUCAAAAAAAUGAUUGGAGAUUUAAAGAAAACUAUUAUCAUUAAGUCUCAACAGAUGGAAGAACAAAAAGAACAAUAUGAGUUGUUGAAAAAAGAAAUGCAAGGAUUUAUUGAUUAUUUAAUUUCUGAACUGAGUGAGGCUAGAAGUUAUACUUUAAAUGAAGCUCUACCAAGAAGUCAACAGGUUAUAUCGUCAACUCUUAGUUCUGCUCAUCAAAAGAUCGCGGAACUGACAGAAAGAGUAAAUCUUGCCAGAAUUCAAGCUGAAGAAAAUGAAAUUUCUCUCGAAAAUGAAAAAAAUCAGCAUCUUAUGACUUAUAAAGAGCUUGAUACAAUAAAAAGGGAUUAUGUCAGAUUAAAAAAUGAUCUUUGGCACAUAAGAAAGCAGCUGAACUUAGAAACUCCUGUUAGAGUUCACCAAAGAAAUGCAUCAUUUUCUAAUGCAGAAGACUUUGACCCAAGUGAUUCUAUUUUUGCUACAAAAUCAUUAAAUGUAAGCGGAGAAAUGACGCAAAGAGAAAUAUCAGACCUAGAAGAAAUCAGUGACCCUACAAAAAUAUGAUUUAAUAAGCUAAAUAACUGAGAAAUAAGGUCCUAAUUUAUAUUAAAAUAAUAAUUAAAUUAUAAAUGAAGAUUUCAAUUAAGUGCAGAAUAAUUUUACAAACCAUCAAAAAUAUGCAAAAUUAUAAUGAAGAAAUCAGAGCUGAAAUUAAUAAAAUAAAGACUGACAAUACGAUUUUAAGAAAUGAAUACGAAAAGUCUGAAAAAGAAUGCGGCUAUUUAAAAGAUAUCGCUGCAAAAGAAAAAGAUGAAAAGAUAAGAAUCAAGACGCAAGUGACUGAAGAAAUAAGCAUACUUAAGUUAAAACUUGAUGAAGCAGGCUCUUAUGCACAAGAAGUCAUGAAAGAAAAAAACAUUCUAGAAGAUCAGUUCAUAAGAACUCGAAAAGAAUCAGAAGGAGCUCAAUGCGCAUUAGAAAAAGCUUUGGUUGACCUCAAAGUUAAAGAUGAAGAACUAACUCCCCCCCCCCCCCUCCGUGAGCGAACAAAACCAUUAGAAAAAUCGCCAUUUUUUGACCAAAAACCCACCCUCCGUGAGUGAACAAAAAUUUUUUUAAUAGAAAAAAUUUUAAUGGAAAAAAAUUUUGAUAUAUAAGUGAUAAUUAGUAUAAUGAAAUCUAGAGCUAAUUCUGUUUAAUUUAAACAAAUUGCGUUUUAAAACAUAAAUUUUGCAAAUUAAAUUAAUAUUUGCUUCCCAAUUUUUGCAAAUUAGGAUUUUUUUAAAUUUCGAAAAAAAUAUUUUUUAUAAAAAUUAUAUAUAAUUUUUUUUUAAAAAAAAAAAUUAACCCCCCUCCGUGAGCGAACAAAAUUUUUUUGUUCGCUCACGGAGGGGGGGGGGAGUAAGAAGAUGUAGAGAAGAUCUAGAUCUUACUUAUGGAGACUUAAGGGCAAGCAAGGAUUAUAAAAGCCAAAUUAUUAAUCUUCAAGAAAUAAUUGAUUCCCAAGAUUUGACUCUUAAAAGCUUAAAAAAUGAAGUCAGCCAACUUGAGUUUUUCAAAUCUUCAAUGGAAUUAUCCAGAUCAAGAAGAGACGCCCCAGAAAAAGAAAUCCCUUACUCAAAUCGCCAUAAAAUUGAAGAAAUGCAAGAUGAACUUACAUAUAUACGAAAAGAAAACAUAGAGUUAAGACAAACUUUGGAAAGAAUCACAAAUGAGCAAGACAGAACACAGAGAAAUCUUCAUCAAAGAUCUCGCAGCGAAACUGAAAGAAGCGGCCACGAGGAAUCCAUUAUGCGUAGCUCAAUUACAAGUAAAGAAGCAUAUACAGAUCAUCUAGAAAAACUAUUAUCACAAAAAAAUGAAAUAAUUUCUCAGCUUGAAAUAAAAAUAAAAUCGACAGCACAAGGACAAGAAUUUGAAAUGAUUAGAAAAAUGGAAGGCGAAAUAAAUAAAUUAAAGAAAAAAAUUGAAAAUAAUAAAAGAAGCUUCCAAAAUAGAGUGAAAGAAUUUGAGCUUCUACUGAGAUUUAUUGAAGAAAAAAUAAAUAUUUCGUUUGAGUCGGAGGGAUAUACAGCUAUACCAAAAUCUGAUAAAAUGUAUAUUUUAGUGAGAGAACUGUCGGAAAAAAAUCCGACGCUUGCAGAAUGAUUGGAAGGAAUUUCGAAAAAAUUGGAAAAUUGUGGAAAUUACUUGAAAAGAGUGAAAGAAAAUGCGUAUUAUAAAUAA